AUGAAAGUGAAUGAAUCUGGCAGGACUAAGCUAGCCGAAAAAAAAUACACAAAAACAAAACAACAUAGCGAAGCAACAUUGACAUCGGCCAAAAUAAUCUUCUUGUUCUUGAAGGAGACUGAAAAAAAUUCACAAAAAGCACAAAGUAAAAGUUUAGCGAAGAGUUCAAAUACGUGUGGUCAUCGUUGAUUGAUGAGUGCAAAGUUUCCCCAAUUAUUUUCUUUCCGCACCAUACGAAAGCUAUUUUCGUCUCUCUCACCAUUUGCAGUGAUGGUGCGAUACUUUGCAAAUCCCUUUGAAGACUUCAGCUCGUCCAAUGUUGCAGAAAUAAACCAGCAUGACAUAAAAAAACAAAUAGACGCUCAUAUAUCGAAUAUCACCAAACGUUUACAGCCAUCGCGCAAGAAUGUUGACGGUGGAUUGUACGUCGGAAUUACCGGCGUUGCUUAUAUGUUUUACUAUUUGUCUAAAAACCCCCUGUUGUCAGAGCACAAAGCGAUGUACCUCCAGAAGGGGAUCGAGUACCUAAAGCCUGCUAUGGAGACAUCUGCGGGCGACAAAACAUCGUUUUUACUCGGCGACGCGGGCACAUACGCCCUGGCUACAGUGUUAUAUAAAGAAGCUGGCGAUGACGAGUUCCACGAGUCACUAAAAGCCUACAAGUCACUAUACAACUCAUACUUGCAUCCCAAGUUCCUGAAAUGUGGUGGCGACGAGUUCUUUGUGGGCCGAUCGGGCUACCUCGCUGGUGCACUGUGGAUCAGUCGCGAGCUCAAAAUGAAUGUCUUUUCUCAUGCUGAAUUGUACAAAAUUUGUGAUAUGAUUCUUUCCAAUGGAAGGGAAUAUGCAAAGAAGCACAGGAGCCCAUGUCCUCUAAUGUAUCAUUAUUAUAAUACUGAAUAUCUGGGAGCAGCACAUGGAAUUAGCUUCAUUUUGCAAAUGCUCAUGACCGUUCCUGGCUAUCUAGACGAGAAUAAGUCUGCAGCACAAGAUGUCAAAGUAUCUUUGGACUACAUCGCCUCUUUGCAGACUGAUGAAGGUAACUGGCCUUGCUGCUUAGAAGAGAUAGGGCUAAGUGACCAUAAGUUGGUACAUUGGUGUCAUGGAGCUCCUGGUACUGUUUACCUCAUGGCUAAGGCAUACAAAACAUUUAAAGAUGAAAGGUACUUAAAUGCAUGUAUCAAUGCUGGUGAGGUUGUAUGGAACAAAGGGCUGCUCCGAAAAGGUCCUGGAAUAUGUCACGGUGUAGCUGGCAAUGGAUAUGUUUUUUUGCUCCUACACAGGCUGACUGGAAAUGAUAAGCAUUUGUUUAGAGCAAAGAUGUUUGCAGAUUUUAUGAACACAGAUGAAUUUGUCCGAGAGGCACGUUUACCUGACAACCCAGAGAGUCUUUAUGAAGGCACUGCUGGUACUGUAUGUUACUUGUCAGAUUUGUUGAUACCUGAUAAGGCAGAAUUUCCGUUCCAAGAUGUUUUUACUGUGUAUGACUUCUAAUAUCUAUUAUAGAAUAUUUUCUUAGGAACAUCCUGUUGAACUUGUGUAAUUUUGCAAUUUAUUCUUAGUAUUUUUCCUUUAGGCAAACAUUUGUUACAGUGUUUAUCUGUAAUUUUGUAAUCAUCAUGUCAACCAUUCUGCAUACAUAAGUCUGUUGACAGUAAUGAUUCACCAAUUACAAUUAGCAU